CACCUGCGUCGAGCUGGAGGGGGUAUAUAUAGUGAACGUCUCUUUGAUAAGGCAGGGAACUGCCGUUGUCAAACUCGCAGACGACCGGCAAAAGCAAACAACACGCCUGAGAACAUUGCAUGCACAGCCAGUCAGACAGACAGACAGCAUGUGAGUGUGCUAGGUGGUCUGUGUCGGUUUUAAUAUGCACCACAGAGUGUUGCAGGCAGCACCCGAACGAAAAAGCGACGAAAUAGACGAGUGCGAAAAACAACCUGUCACAGCCACCACACCAACAGUACACCGACAGCACAUACGUAUGUCCACCCGUUUCCAUCCCUACAUCCCUUCACGUGUUCCACAUGCAUGCAUACCAGAAAGGCAGAUUGGCGACUCAGGUGCGAAUGAAACCGAUAGCUGUGCCCAUGAGAGUGUUGUACAGCAGCGAGGGGGCAAAAAACAAAGGAGAACAGAAGACACGAUCGACAGGACGAUCAUGAGCAUGCAGCCAAAACGUCAGGCCCGGUUGUAUUGUAUAUGAUUGUGAGGAGCAUGGAAUGGACUGCUGAAGAGCCGGCGUCAGAGGUGUCUGGUUAGAAAUGGUUUUCAAGCUUUAAGCAAACACACCAGCACCACUACGAAAACGUCAGUUUGGCUGACAUUGCAUGGCGAUCCAUCAAACUGACAUGAGGGCGGCCAUCGAUAACUAACGAAUAGCCUGAUACUGACAGUCAGACACACAAAACCCCGACAAAAUUGAGCAUUAUAGGACGACUGUCUUCGCCUGUCCCUCUCCCUUUCAUCCACAUAAUACUGACCCCACUCAUGCUCAUGCACCAGUCAGUGAGCGACAAAUGCUCUCACCAAAAAUAGCAGAAAAGCAGAUAGCAGGCAGAGAGACACUCUAAAAGGCAAAAGCAGGCAGACAAACUGUAUGCAACCAUAAUCAUGCAUCAAUCAUUCGACUACAAAAAGCCAAACUACCGACUGCCACACUGCUGACGAAUGAGUGCAGUGUGCGCCACCGCGAAGCUAGACUGUUCGCCUGUCCCCUCUCCUUUCCGUCCACACACAGACUGACAAAUCAGACUCCACUCAGUCGCUCGCUCGCUCCCCGAAGCUCACCACCAGUCAGUGAGCACUAAAAACAGCACAGACACGAGGGAAGAAGGCAGACAGGCAUCGCAUCGUGCUUUCCGUCCUCUCACUGGCUCUCUGUGAGGCAGAAACAUGAGACGUGCGUAUGACACUGCCUCCCCCACUCAACCACUCAUCUCACGCCAUUGCUUUCGCCAACUCACGUACUUCUGCCCCUCUUGUUCUCACCGCCACGCUCUCCCCCUCGUCCAAUCCUGUCGCCUACCGAUGUCACCCAAGCAUCCAAAGCUUGGGGCACCUACAAGGGUAAGCUUACAGGCUGACCAACACCAAAAAAGCCCUCAGGUCCCUGAAAAAAGAUCGACUACAGGAAGAGGCAAAUAGGCGUUCAUUCAUGGUAGAAAAGAGUAGGAUCAGUAAGCGUCGGAUAAGAAAGUCCUGAAUACAGCAUGCUGACCACUGCUGACCGCCGUGGUCAUACUCAUGCGCUCAUCGUUUAGAGACUUACUCACUGGCCAAAAAGACCCCGACACACCUCAAAGGGAAGCGAGUGAGGCAGUUACACACAAAAAAACACAUAUCUCACCCAAAAAGUCAGGCGGUGGGUAGGAUAUGGAUGUCCCUCUUGUGUGUCUCUGAGAAACCAUCGAUCCUCUCUCUGUCAAGCGAGAAGUGAUCAAUGCAUACAUGCUUUUUCCACCAGCAUACACAAGUAUGCACCAUGACACACAAGUCAUCAUUGCCCGACCGCAAAAGCACACGCUUUUGCCCACAUUGAAAGGACUCAAGAACGUACGCAUGCAGGUAUACAACGCAAGCAAGCAAAACCACGCAUCGUCUGCCCCCCCUCCCUCCGACCAUGGAAAGUAAGUACGCAUUCCCUCCCACUACGCACACACGCUUAAAAAGCAAGCACGCAUCUAUACAUCUACGCAUCAGUCCCUCCUCACAUACACAAGCAAGCAUGCAAAGGCCGCACCUCUCCCUUAUGCAUCCUGUGUUGUUCUCGUCUGUUCCCCUCCCGCUAUGCAAAGCAAGCAUGCAUCGUCUGCACACAAGCACAAGCACCCACGCAUCGGUUGCGCCCAAAUCGUUAGACCACAACUUUCUCGGCGUAAGAAAUGCAAGCAUGCAUGGAAGUCAAUGAGCAAGCAUGCACGGUCAGCGAUCAUCCAUAGCAGCUCCUCACAAACACAAAUGACGUCAAAAAGAAGUGCAUUCGACAGGGCAUAGCCUUCGAUCGCCCAGCAGAGCCAAGCAAACACCCCACACCUCACUUUCUUGCGCACUCAACCAACCAACUUCAUCGCGUCACGCCACACUCGAGACAAAAAGACCAACCGAGAGGCACCCCUGAGCCUAGAGGGCCGCCCUUCUGAGGGGCCUCUCAUAGUCGCCCGGGAAGUGAUCAGACAAGCACGUGACGAACCCCAGGGCAAUGCGCGUGAACAGGCGCAAAAACCUUCCCGCGAAGAAGCUGUAGGCCAUCUUGUAGAGCGAGAUGAUGAACCACCAGUCCUCGUGGUUCUCGCGCUCAAUGCAGAUCUCCUCGGGAUCGUCGACAAUGCGCCCCGACACGCCCGUAAUGAAGCGCUCACCGGCAUGGUGACGGUAGCCGAAGCGGUAGGGGGGCACCUGGGGGACGAUGUCGCCGCUGUUCACAAAGCGCAGACACUUCUUGCCGUAGUGACGAUCGAAGAAGUCGCGGUAGCCUUCGUUACCGACGCGCGGCUGGGCGAAUGUGAAGACGCCCUUCACGCGCCCUCGGAGCGCUUCGUCGAGUCCGUGAGCGUAGACCGACGUCAGCGCAGCCCCCAUGCUGUGUCCAGUGAUGAAGAUGGACUUGUCGGACAGCCCUUGAAGCACUUGGUCGAUGGCCUCACGGAUCGACACAUCGCCCGUGCGAUCCGCCCUGUCCUUGAGUGCGCGAUGGAACCCCCCGUGGACUCUGCGAGGGGGGUUGUCGAGGUCCUCCCAACCGAGGGUGAAGUCCGUGCGCCACUGGAUGAGGCUCAGUGGCAUAGUGCCUCUGAAGACCACGAGGACGCAGUGCUCAUUGCUGAUGACGAAGGCGCUGGUCUCGUAGCGAUCCUCAAGACGACGGUCUCGACGCGGAGAUUGGAAGCGUUCGUGCCAUGUCCAGCCCCACCUCGCGACCACAUCUCGAAUGAUGUCGGGGUGCUCGUAGGCGAGUUUGGCGCAGAGCAUGGCGAAGUGGACGUUCCUCGGGCCGUCGAAUCGGUCGGUAGGCUUGAAGAGUUUCGUGGGGUCAUACCAUGCGGUGGAGAAGUCGGGGUCGCUCACGUUGACGAGGGAGUAGGGGAUGCAGUGGCCAUCGAGACAGCAAUACGGCUUGGCCAGGCGGAAGAAGACCAGAAAUCUUCGCACGCACACCGCCAGGGGUACGGCGAAGUCGCUGAGGUGAAGGAAGCGCACGAUGACGACGAUGGUCUCAAAGACAAUGCCGUACAGGUGGACGAGGAACUCUUCCACUGGGUCAUGCGCUGGGCAAGUAGGGGAGGGCUGGGGAACGAUGGGACCGUUCCGGCGGGCACAUCGGAAGACCUGCCCACACACGCACCAUGCCCAACCAUCGGAAGAGCUCAUAUGUGCAUCCCGUCAAAUGUGACAAAACAUACCUUCAAAAAGUUAAGGAGGACGUUGUCCGAGACGGACAUGAUGGGGGACAACACCAAGAAAGGUCGAGCGGCUGGACUUCGCACGCUGUGGUGUGAGGCAGGAGUCGGGAAUGAGGACACCUGAAGAAUUCAUGACGCGACAGAGAUGUCAGCAACCCAUCGCUUCAAAAGACCUCUGGCACUCUGCUUCAGUCCUUCCUGCCAUGCUCAGCCUCCGGUAGGCCUCAUACCUGCAAGAUCUCCACCUGACGCUUGAGAUGAUCGCCGGCUCCAAUCUGCGAGUUCGAUCUGAGCGAGGCGCCAGAUUCCGCCGGUUCUGGCGACAGCUGAGCGAGACAAUGACAGAUGUGACCCAGAGAGAGAGGAGAGAGAACGAGAUGCUUUUCCACGAGAGAGCGAUCGCUCUCGUGACCGACCACCCAUAUGGCGCCAUCACCAGCCAGACCAGCUUCAAGUUCACCCCCCUUGCCUGCGAGACGUUCGGCCGCUGGUCGCCGGCCACAGAGGCAUUCCUCCACAAGCUGGCGGGCAUCCCACUAUAAAGACGACCCCAAGAUGACGACCGGCCACAUUGUGAACCGCUGGUGGUGCAUGCUGUCCAUCGCCCUCAAGCGGCACAACGCCCACAUGCUCUUCGCCAAGACCAACCCCGACAAGAAGAGCGACAACACCCGCCCCCUCCCCGCUGACGAAGUCUGGGGCAGAGGCCUCUUCCACCCCCACUGAGCCACACAUCAUACAACCACCUUCCCAGAUGAUGUUUCAGCCUAUUAGAAGGACGCCGCUGCCCGCUUCGGCCGUCCCAGCGCAGCUUCGGCCCUCGUCAGACGCCGACAUGAUUGUUUCAUCGGUCUGUCUGACGGUCCCUCGCUCUCCCACUCGCUCUCCA